AACUCUUGCUUUCUGCCAUUUUGUUUGUAAGCCUUGACGAAUCAACUUUACCUCAGAAAUCUCACUAAGUUGUCUGAAUUAAAAAUUUUUUCUCUUCUCUUCCUGCUGACUGAAGUAUAACUUUCUUCUUUGCAAGUCUCUGUUCUUGGUCAUGGAUUAUUUUGUUUGUGACAAACUAAGCCAGUGGGGUCUGAGUGAGUUGAUAGAAAUAUUUAAAGAUGAAGAAAUGGACACGGAAAGUCUUUAUUGUCUUGAAGACCGAGAUAUUGAUACAUUGAUUCCAAAAGUGGACCAAAGGAUUCAAUUCAAAAAGGAAUUUCAGUUGUUAAAGGAAGAACAAAGCAGAAAUCCAGGGAUGCAGCAAUGUCCUGCACAUUGUUGCAUUAACUCUGGAUCUGAAGAGUGUCCAACCCAAGAUGAUACCAGUUCAAUUAGGUCAUCAUCACCUGGUCGACCGAGAGAAUGUCUCCUCACUGACAACAAUGUGACAUCAAACCCAACCAGGUCCAGCAUAAAGUCUCUCAACACCAUCACCGUCUCUGUUAGCUUGUUAAACAUCCGCUCACUCACCAACAAAGAGUCUUUCGUUUCCAAGCUUCUAAGGGAAAAGCAGUUUGACUUCUUAUGCCUGACGGAGACCUGGCAGAAGAAAAAUGACCUUACACAUUUAAAAAGGGCUGCGCCGGAUGGGUAUUCUCACAUCAGCCAACCACGCUCUGAAGGACGAGGAGGCGGUGUCGCAGUGCUCUUCAGAGACAAGUGGCUUGUAUCUUCUGUCAGUGUCCCCACUUACAACUCUUUUGAAUCUACAGUACUACAAAUCCACUUAUCAGUACCCACCAUCUUAGCCACCAUCUAUCGCCCUCCUGAGUCCAACAAGGAUUUCUUAAAUGAUUUCUCCUCUCUUUUAACAUUUUUGUGGUCCUUAUCCCCAAAUAUUAUCGUAGUAGGUGAUUUCAACAUUCACAUGGACAAAUUCAGCAACACUCUGACGCGGGACUUUUAUUAUUUGUUGGACAGUUUUGGAAUGCAGCAAUAUGUUGACUUUUCUACACACAGCCACGGUCACAUUCUGGAUCUUGUCUGCUGCUCUGCUUUAACGCUUUCAAACUGUACGGCAUUAGAAAUGUCCAUUUGUGACCACAAACUGAUUUCAUUUACUGUCACUUUGCCACUAUACAGACUAUAGUUUCAUCUUUUUCCAAACAUCAGU